AUGAAACUUUUUAAUCCUAAAUGUAAAGCUAAACAUUACAUCUGUUCACAAAUAAUUAAAUAUGAUUCAGAAAUAUGUGCAAAAAUAACUGACGAUAAAAAUAAAAAUUACGAAUUAUGGCCUUGUCCAUUUGGUUUUUAGUGUAAUACAUAAAGCUUUACUGAUUAAACAAAAUAAGCAUAUUGUGAAAAAGUUCCAGAUUCAGAUUUAAUUUAUCCAAAUGAGCUAUGUUCUGAAGAUUUAGAAUGCAAUUCAAAGAAAUGUUCAGGUGGAAUAUGCAUAGGAAAAAAAGAAGGAUAAGAUUGUAUUAAAAAUAUUGAUUGUGAUGCAGGAUUAUAUUGCUUUUUAAAAAAAUGUAAAAAAUAACUAUAAUUUGGAGAAGAAUGUCAAUAAGAUGAAGAUUGUUAAAAUAAUUGUGUUUGUAAUGUAAAAAAAUGUAUGUAUUAUUAUUCUUUAGAUAAUUAAAUAGAAGCUGAUAAUGAGAAGGCAUGUGCUUCAGGAUAUAUAAAAGAUAAUAAAUGUUAAAAAGGCCUUUAGUCUAAAGAUAUUAUAAGGCCAAAGCCUUGCUAAUAAGAUUUAGAUUGUGAAUUAGUAGAUGAUAAAGGAAAAGUUUAAGGAUAUUCAGAAUGUUAAUGUGGUUAUAAUCCUGGGAGUUUUUCUUAUUGCAAAGUGGCAGAAGGAGAUCCUGAAUAUUUAGAUAUGUUGAAUAAAUUUUAAUUUAUUCUAUAUACAAAUUUUAAUUGCCAUACAAGUUUAAGAUAUGGGCCUUGCAAACAUAUAUAUGAUGAUGAAUAUAAUGAUUAUCAUGCCGCUUUAUAAAAAUAUUAAUAAUUUAAUAGCAAAUAUAAACCCAGAGCAAUAAAAUUAAUUAGAAUAAUAAAUGGAUGA